AGUAAAUGUCAUGUAAUGUCAAGUAAAUACUCUCAAUGUUUGAUCGAUUGGAGUGGACUGCAUGUGGAGGGCGCAGCGCUCGUCGGGGUCAGCAGGGGGCGCUGCGCUCGAGUUCUUCACCCGCUCUUCAAGCCGCCGAAGAAGAAGCCGCUUCACGACAGCGCGAUGGAGUCCGGCGAAGCAGGUCGCGGCGGCUGGAAGACUCAUCAGAAGAGUAAACUGAAUGUGAUCAUGAGACAGGAAGAGCUGAUCGCUCAGAAGAAGAGAGAGAUCGAGGCCAGACUGAAAGAAAAGGCUCAGCUGAAGCAGAAGCCCAUCCAGAACCAGAACCUGAACCAGAACCUGAACCUGGAGCUGGACCAGAACAAACCCAGCAGUUCUCCUCCCUCAGAAGCGUCUUCUUCAUCAUCUUCAUCGUCAUCCUCCUCUUCAUCAAACAAGUUUGUGAACGAUGGCAGUUUUCUUCAGCAGUUCCUGAAGAUGCAGCGAGAGAAAUCCAGCUCUGAUGAAGGGCCGGCCGGCUCCGCCCCCAGCGCUCAGAGUCCGUCCGCGGCCGGCUCUCAGGCUCAGAAGAGGAGCGUUCUGAUCGGGAAGCGUCCAGGUCUGGGGCUCAGCAGCAUGAUCAAUCAGUUCAAGAACUACUCUCAGUCCAAGAAGCCGGCUCUGUCCUUGACCCGGCCCAGUGUGUUCAGCUCGCCCGAUGAUGAAGAGGAGGACGAGGAUGACGCUGACUAUCUGGAGGUCAAAGUUUCCCCCCCAGAGGACGGAGACCUGCGCCUCAUCAUCGACAAGAUGGCCGCGUUUGUCGCCGAAGGCGGUGCUGAGCUGGAGAAGAAGGCCAUGGAGGACUACAGAGACGAUCCCGUCUUCUCGUUCUUGUUUGAGAAGAGCAGUAAGGAGUUUCUGUACUACAGAAGACGAGUGGCGGAGAUCAGGCGAGACGCGUCUCCUCAGACCGAUGUCUCCUCCUCAGUGGACGACAGCACCAGGAAGGUGGCGGAGAAGCUGGCGCGGUUCGUAGCGGACGGCGGCCCGGAGGUGGAGAUCAUGGCUGCUCAACACAACCGAGACAACCCUGCCUUCAGCUUCCUGUACGACUAUCAGAGCGCGGCUCAUCGCUUCUAUAAGGCUAAAGUAGAUGAGUUCCGUCAGACCAAGAGCGGCGGCCAAUCACAGCAGACCACUCAGCCCGCCUCACAGGAACACACACACACACACUCCGCCGCCAAGAGGAAGAGGAAGAGCCGCUGGGGAGCUGAGGAUGAUAAAGUAGAGCUGCCCUCGCCAACACUCAUCAGUCCUGCUGCUCCCGCGGCCGGAUCCGGCGCUCCUGCACUGACCGAUCAGGAGCUGAGCAGUCUGGGGUAUAAGAAGGGGAAGCCGGUCGGUCUGGUGGGAGUGACAGAGCUGUCAGAUGAACAGAAGAAACAGCUCAAAGAACAACAGGAAAUGCAGGAGAUGUAUGACAUGAUUAUGAAGCACAAGCGGGCGAUGCAGGACAUGCAGCUCUUGUGGGAGAAGGCCAUCAAGAACCACCAGCACGAGUACGACAGCGACGAGGAGCUGGACCCCGAGGACGGAACCUGGGAGCAUCGCCUGAGACAGAUGGAGAUGGAGAAGACCCGAGAGUGGGCGGAGCAGCUGACGGAGAUGGGCAAAGGGAAGCACUUUAUUGGUGACUUCCUGCCUCCGGAUGAGCUGGAGAAGUUCAUGGAGACGUUUAAAGCUCUGAAGGAGGGCAGAGAUCCAGAUUACUCUGAGUACAAGGAGUUCAAGCUGACCGUGGAGAAUAUUGGCUUCAAGAUGCUGAUGAAGAUGGGCUGGAAGGAGGGAGAAGGACUGGGCUCAGAUGGACAGGGCAUUAAAAACCCAGUCAACAGGGGCAGCACAGCGGUGGACGGAGCAGGUUUUGGAGUGGACAGACCGGCUGAGCUGUCGAAGAGUGAUGAUGAGUAUGAUGCGUUCAGGAAGAGGAUGAUGCUGGCGUAUCGCUUCAGACCCAAUCCUCUGAACAAUCCCAGAAGACCGUACUACUGAACACCACAGCUUCUCUUCUGGACACACUCUUCUUUGUUAUGGUUUUGUCUGUUUUUUCCCCUUCAUAACAAAUUGAAUUAUGAUGUGCUUUAUUUUAGAAAUUAGAUUUUUUUUUUUUCCACACGAGUUGAUUUUAAUGAGCCCUCACAGAUUUGAGCCCUUCACACAUUUCUUUUUCUUUAAAUCUGCUGAUUUAUUACAUUCAGAACCAUAAAAGCCCUGCUAUAGUGAGCUGCUUGAUAUAAUGUAAACAUCAGUGUAAGUUUUAUGUGUGUUUUACCUGUUGAUGAGCACAGAAACGCUUUCAGUGGUGUUCGGCUCGGUUCAGUCCUGAUUAAACUCAUCCAGUCGUCUGUCACUGACUCUGUGAUCAAUUAAAGUCUGUGAGGGGAAUAAUCACCUUCAGUUUUUCUGGUGUUUAAGUGGUUUGGGUUUUUAGGAACGACACUAUAAUUUAAUUUAGGAUACAUUUGAAGCAUUUCUUUACUUUUAAGUUACUUGUACAUUGUCCUGUAAAGUGAUGAUGAAGUUUUUAAAGUACAGAUGUUCCGUGGAGUAAAAACAUGUAAAGUA